UGUCUAAAUAUAAACUAUAGUUUGUAUCAAUACACAGUAUUCUUACAUAUAAAUCCCGCCUCAGUGAUAAAGAUAAACACAUACAUAUGUGAUACAUUCGUGAUUUAAAACUGUGAAUGUGAAAAGUAAUUACACUUCGAUUCUCCUAGUAAUUAUGUUUAAUACUACUUAAUAUCUGAGCUAAGCAAGUAUGGAAGGCAAAAUUAAAAAUCCCAAGUUUAAGGAGUUCAAAGAUAAAAUAUCCAAGGCAUCUUUGAUUGCAAUUAAAAACAUGGGUUUCAAACAAAUGACAGAUAUUCAAAGCGAAGUGCUUCCUAAAGCUCUAAACGGAGAUGAUGUAGUCGCCACUGCUAAGACUGGUUCAGGGAAAACUUUAGCCUUUUUAAUACCAGCCGUCGAAUCAGUGGUGAAAGCUUUAGCUGAUUCUAAACAAGGAACACUGUGUAUAAUAAUUUCACCAACAAGGGAACUGGCUACACAGACAUACACAGUGCUACAAGACAUUAUUUAUCCUCAUCAUGAAUCUAUUACGGCAACACUAGUGAUAGGGGGAGAAAACAGAAAAAUGCAAAGUGCUGCCCUUGCUGAAGGGGUCAAUAUAGUAGUGGCUACUCCAGGCAGGUUGUUUGAUCACAUGAGAACUAAGGAGUUUGAUUACAGACAGGUGAAUUGUCUCAUAUUAGAUGAGGCUGACAAAAUUUUCCAAUAUGGUUUUGAAGAGGACCUGAAGCAAAUUAUUAGUCGCCUUCCAAAGAACAGACAAACCAUGCUAUUCAGUGCAACACAAUCGGAGACAACUGAAGCAUUAAUCAGGUCUGCUAUGAAGGAGAGUGUGCAGUCAAUCAACACAAAUGAAGACAAUGAUAGGGCUACUGUUGAAGGACUUAAACAGGGAUAUGUAAUAUGUGAGACUGAAUUCCGUCUUCAUUGGUUGCACAAACUGCUAAAGAAGACACAGAACAGCAAGAUCAUGGUUUUCUUUUCAAGUUGCAAAUCUGUGGAGUUCCAUCACGAAUUUCUGAGUAACUACUGCAAUAUGCCAGUACUGUGUAUUCAUGGAAAAAUGAACCAAGCAGAUAGAACGUCCACAAUAAACAGUUUUUACAAUGCGGACAAGAUGGCGUUGUUCUGUACUGACUUGGCCGCGAGAGGAUUGGACAUACCGGCCGUGGAUUGGAUCGUACAGUUUGAUCCACCCUCUGAUGCUAAUGAAUACAUUCACAGAGUGGGCAGAACAGCGCGGGGUCUGGGCGCGGAAGGUCGAGCGGUUCUCUUGCUCCGGCCCGAAGAGAAGGGGUUCCUCGACUACUUGCAACACGCCAGAAUAUACCUCGACAAGUACGAGCUGUGGGAUCGAUACACAGAUUUGAAGCUGAAGAUGAACAAAGCCAUGGAGGAUCCUGAAUUCAACAAAUUAGCGAUUGAAGCAUUCGAAGGUUACAUUCGUGCGUUGGAAGUGAAGAAGUUGAAGCAUGUGUUCAACUUGCUCGACAUGGACUUAGACGGCGUCGCUCGCUCCUUCGGUCUAGACCAGAAACCUGAUGUAGAUAUACGUGUUGGUUUCAGUAAAAAGCAUAGACCGAGAAAGAGGAUGGCCGCGUUACUAGCAAAUAAAGGCACGGCACCAACAAAACAAUGUAAAACUUAAAUAAUUUAUUGUAAUAAGUGUAAAUAAAUGUAUCAUAGUUACAAAAUAAAUGUUAAGUAUUAUUUA